AUGAAGCUCGCCCUCCUCACCACGCUCGCCACCGUCACCCUCGCCCUCGCCGCGCCCACGGCCGAUGCUGACGCCGACGGCGCCACCACCCACUUCACGGAGCGAGACACGAUCCGCAUCCGCUGCGGCGGACGCAGCGAGUGCGGGCCCUACACCAAGGCGGGGUGCGCCGACCUCUGCCGCCAGCGCGGCCAGAUCCCCGCUGGUGUACGUGACCCCGGCUGUGGGGGCCUGUGGGCGUGCUGCUGUGGCACCAAUAUCGGCGUUUCCGUGCGCGAUGCCGAGGCCGAGCCCAAGGGCACAGAGACGGCGUACCUGAUGAAGUACCAUGACAUGUGA